CUGAAAUGAAAGUGCUUACUGAGCCGAAAUGGAAUCUCCAACGUUAUCCUUGGUGCUCCAAAAUGGGUUGGUUGCUAGGAGGCGGGGAUUGUUGUUUUGUUCCUGCUCCCACUCCUGCCUUGACACACUGGCACACCACUUGGUCGCACAUAAUAUUGCUGCUCAGCCUCACACGGGAGGUGAUGAGGACGCUGCGAUCAUCAAUGGUACAGCCAGGACAUUAUUAGCGAUGGUAUGCUGUAUAUCGUUAUUAUACAAUUUUAGCUAACAGCUAUAAACGGUGAAAUCAAGACAUAACUCUAGUUAUCUAGGUGUAUAACGGUCUAAAAUCCAAUGGCGACCGAAUGCACACAAGAAGCGAUACUACAAUUUCUAACGGAACGAGGAGGGAGGGUUAGGAACGUGGAAUUGAUUGAUCAUUUUAAAUACAUUUUGCCAAGCGACCCUGAGAAAAAGGCAUUGGUUAAGGAGACGUUCAAAGGAUAUGUGGACAACGUGGCCUUUGUGAAAGUGGAAAAUGGGGUGAAAAUCGUGUGCUUGAAAAAGAAAUACAGGGGUUCAGUGAAGCGAACUGGUGAGAGAGGGGAUGGAGAAUGCAACGGCAAUGGAAUCACUGCGGGUAAGAUUUCCAUUCUGGAGCAGAGCGAAGGUGUUGCUAUCAACAAGGCAAUCAAUGAUCGAAAUAAUGGCGAUUCUUUUCAAUCAAACGAUUUAUGUGAAGAAAAUUCAAAUAUGUGCACAUCAGAGAUAGCGAUGUCAACAUCCUAUGAUGGAGACAAGUCAUCUUUGGGUUUGGAAACUGUUGCAAACGAUGAUGCGAAACGAAAAAUAUUACCUAGGUCAGGUUGCGGAACUGACAGUGGGAAAGGCGCGGAAGUGCAGACUGUUUUGGAAGGUAAAACUUCAGCUACGACUGCUCAUUCUAAUUCAGUUCGUAUAUCUCCGGCGGAUAGUUUGCUGGCAAUGGGAAAUGUACUAAAGUUCAGAUCAACAAAGACAACCGGGGAUGUGAAAGAAGUUGGGUGCGAGAAAGAAUGUGAAAAUACAAGUGCUCCUGAAGUUCGUAUUCCACGGAUUGCAGUGAUUGAGCCUUCGCCUUUACCUGUGGAAGGCGACGGUACAGUAUUCAACCUCCCUGACCAAGGAGGCUUAGAAGUGCAACGUGCACAGACGUCAGGGCAGCUCAACCAGUCUUCGAAUCAAACCGCUUUUAAAAAUGAACUUGAACACGACAAGCCAACGGGGGGAAUUAUUGACCAUGGACUGCCAACGGGUAUGGAAGUUAAGCCAAAGCCAAAAACAAGCGAAGAGGAUAUCGAGGUUGCGGUUGGCAAAGGCGCGCCCCAGGCACAGUUUAUAAAUAGGCGGCGAGUCUCCCGAGGGUCACAGCGCAGUUUUCUGUCCAGUAAUCUGUCAGAGGACGGGACGGAUGAAGGACAGUUCGAUUCUGUAAGUAUAUCGGGGAGCGACAACACGCCGAAAAGCAGCCGCAAGAAUUUCAUCGAACUAAUGAUGAACAGCUCUCCCCAGGUCCGGCGCAGCAUGGUGCAUAGGAACUCCACGUACCUGUCAUCCAGGCACCGAGACAGAGACUCUGUCAAAAGUGACAGCGACUCGGCCUCCCUGGUAUCUUCGACCACGGACGAAGACGGCGGGUCAGUGACGCUUGACCCCCUGGAGCAUGAGUGGAUGAUGUGUGCUUCAGACGGACAGUGGGAGAGCCUACACCGUAUGCUCGCCUGUGAACCGAACCUCGUCAUGAAAAAGGAUUUUGUCACCGGUUUCACCUGCUUACACUGGGCGGCUAAGCAGGGCAAACAAGAGCUGCUAGCCCUCUUGGUUAACUUCGCCAAGCAGCAUGUCGUGCCAUUAAACAUCAACGCCCGCUCCAGCGCUGGGUACACCCCAUUACACCUGGCUGCAAUGCAUAGUCACAUCGAGGUGGUCAAACUUCUGGUGGGUGCCUAUGACGCCGACGUUGAGGCCAGGGACUAUAGCGGGAAGAAGGCAUCCCAGUACCUCACCGGCACCGUGGCUGAAGACAUACGGGAUAUCAUCGGGGCGGAGGCCGACACUGGUGCUGAAAGUUUGGAGUGCGGAGCCGGGCGCUGGAGGCUAUCAAAGGUUCUUGCCUCUAACCUGAUGCCAAUGAAGCUGCUUAAUCAUCCAGAUGAGGACGCUUGCGACGGCGGGGGCCUCGUGAAAUCAAUGGCCGUGUACAGGAAGUCCUCCAUGAGCAAAAUUAAGCCGAGGCUGCACAAAAUCCGAUUCAGGACACAGAUCAUUCACAGCACUUCAUUUCGAGAAACAGACGAUGGGGAUAGAUCUGUGAAGAGCCCUAUAAAAUCACGGCCCAUUUCUAACCUCUUUGGAUGAGACUGAGUGAAUUACGUGCAUUUAUAGGCUUGUGAAAGCCCAAAUGGCACUACACCUAGCAUUUGUAUUGCUGUAAGGGUAAUCAUUCCUAAAUCCAGAAAGUGGCCAAUCGUUUCGUGGUAAAAAAAGAAAAAAAAAGAAAAGAAUGAUUGCGGGGGGUUAUUUCUGUAUUGAUGCGCAUACCUUGUCAUAAAUUAUGUACAGCAAGUUAAUUUGUUUGCUUGUGUAAAUUUAAACGGACUGAAAUUAGGAAAAUGUGACAUUAAUUAAAUGUCAGAUAUUGGAUAUUGUGUUAAUCGAUGCUUCGUAAAUUGCACAUUUGUGUGAUAUAAAAUGUAUUUGCAGCAAGGUUAUGUUCUAAUGUAAUUAACGAAAUGUGAGUUGAAAUAGUUUGAAAUGUGUUCAGGCCUAAUUUACCGGAACAGAAUCCAAAUCCAAAAGAAUUUAAAUAUCAGGAUUCGCAUAAUGUGAGGUGGUUUAAGCUUACAUUUUACAUUUAUAUAGUGGAUUGGCUAGCCUAUAGUUAACCACAAUGUCAGCCUAACUGCACGCGGCGACACGUUUUGGUUGUCAUAGUUACACAAACUGUAAGAUAUCCUAUUAGUGACAUUAUGACAUAAGUAUGACUUUAAAACUUAUCAUCAGUCCCGGUACCUUAUUGAAGAGACGUAUCAGUUAAUUGCGAUUCAACAAUGAACAGUUUUGUGGUGGAAUUCUAGCUAGUUAAUUUGUAACAAAUUACUUUGUUUUACUUUGUAAAUAAGAGCUUGAUCUGCUGCUGGUGCGGCAUUUAAAAUAACAGAACUACUAGCUUCUCCUUUUAAUCACUAACCAUCAUAUCUGAUGAGUAUUGUAUUUCUGUGUUGAAUAGAUCAAUGGUACAAGAUACGGUUUACUUUUAAAGUGUUCCUCAUAGGUUUGCAUUAUUGACCUGGUUGCCUAAUGUUUUUAUGCCUGAGUUUCACUGUUUGAGAAGUGUCCCUUUUCUGCCUUUUUCCUGUCCCUGCAUUUUCCUCAGAUAAUAUUAAUCUUCUUCCUUAAGGGUUAUCUUGUUGCUGCUGUCAUUAGGGAUGCUCCCCAAAUCUGUCACAAUCUCUUUUUUUACUGAAAAUUAUUGAAUGAACAUCCACUAUAUCAGUGGGACACUAAGGUACAUGGUCAGUAGUGUGUAAAGCUGAAAUUAAUCAUGCCCUGUUUUAAGGUGCAAAACGAUAGCUGCUACAUUAAGACUGAAACAUAUGGUUGUCCUUGCAAAGAAAGAAAACCCACUGAGCCACCAAAAUGGAGGUUAUGUAAGACCACAGGUCUGCAUUUUGAGAAGGUAUGUAUGUGACCCCAGGUCCAAUUACAGAAUUACAGGCUGAUUAAUAAUAACAACCAUUUAAAAAAAUCACAUUGACACAAUUAUUUUUUGUUGUUGUAAAAUUCUAACAUAUUUUUCACUUUUUGAAUAAUAACUUAUUUCUACUAAGAUAACUAAAAACAAACAGGUGGGAACAUUAUGUCUCAUGUAGGCCCUAUGUAUGGAAAUCCUUCUCAAGAAUGUGACUAUUCAACUCCAACCAAACAUUACUUUAGCAAGAGUACAGCAUCGGAGCAGUGUUGGUUAGGUCUUUAUUAAUUUCUGAGCUUACCUUUGUUAUCUUGUUUCUACCUUGGUUGGGUAAAAGAUGUUUAAGUGGCCAAUGUUCUUUUUCUACUUGCGGUAAUAACACUAAUUCUUGCAAUACAUGUUUUUUAUUCCUCUUUCUGGAAGGUGGCACUGAAUAAUGUCUGUUAUUUGGCAGCACUAUCAGUCUACAGCACUUUUUAAGUUUAUUAAAGUUUUCUCAUGCAGUGUGCAAGCUUAUUUUUUUAUUUUUUUCAGAUUUAUUUUUAUUGGCAUUUGCUUUAGAAUGAGCCUAUGUUUUUGGUAAGAGGUGAUUACUGGAUUAUACAUUUUAGGUAUUAUCUGCUAAUUGAUAACCCUCAUAAUGCAUAACAGAGAAAACACCUAUUUUUGUAUUACCUGGUUGAAUCAAUAGAAGGUGCUUUCUUCAGCAGUACCAUAGACAGAUUAAAGAAAAUAACACAUUCUUGCAGUUCUUGCAGAAUUCAGUUUAACCCAAAAUAUGAGUCUUUGCAGUGCCUUCUAUAAAACGCUGCUAAAUUUUGAAUCUGCACUUCUCUGAAUUUUGACAUCAGAGCACUCAGACAUUAAAAUAAAGCCAUAAUUGUUUAAAUACCUUUUUAAAAGAAGAAUAAUCAGAACUGCUACAACAAGAGUGCUUAUCACUGUUUAACAGUGUGAUACAGAUUUUUAGCGCAGUUAUUUCCAUUAACAAUGUGAAAGCAAAAAACCAAAAGUCAGAGCAUUUUGUGUUGCUGUGAAGUACAGUAACAGUUUGUUGUUUCAAAGUCAGUUUUGUAUUUUUUCAAAAUGGCUCAAAAUUUCAAAAUAGUGUUUAAUCACCGUAUUUUAAGGAAAUGCCUGUAAAUAUGAUUAACCACAUUUUCACCUUGUUAUAUCAUAUUAGUAAACCUUAUUCUUCACGUCAUGAAACAUGUAGCUCCAGCUGCUGGUUUAAUGUUUGUUCACACUACGAUCACUGUGAGGUGGUCUUUUUUAUUCUUGUUUCUAGUUACAUUUUAUCAAUUCAAUUGUAAAAAGUACAGUUGUGUAAAUACGUUCCUGUACAUUGUUUUUAUGUGCUGUUGUAUUUUUUAACCAUAAUUUUGGCAUUCUAUCCCUCAGAACGUGAAUUGAAAAUUAAUGUUUUGUAACCCAUUUCUAUUAGAUAUUUACUCUGGUUUACUAAUCCAGGAAGUGUGAUUUAAAGGGCUGGAACCCAAAAUUUGUGAAAUUAUUAUUUUAUCUUUGUUCGGGAAUGGUUUCAUUUUCUCCAUUUGGUGCAUAUAUUUUUAAUAUGGCAUUGUAGAUUUAACAAAGUGUAUUAGGUUUGUUUUCAGAUAUAACCUAACUUUGUAGCAUCUCAGUUUACACUUACAAAAAGAAAAAAUAACUCUAACAAAAAUUCUAUUUGAGUGUUUUUUUUAAGGUACUGGAUAUGUCAACUGGAAAACAUAGGCUACAUGAUUUAAUUGUAUUUUUAGUGGUAACAUUUUUUAAUUCCAUUGUGUGGUAAGAAAAAUGACUUGGCCAAAUGGGUCAUGGUUAACUGUGUAAUCAAUCAAAAUGUAGAGCUUUCGAUGUGUGAACCACAGACAGCUAUGGGCCUGCAUUGCUGUAGAUUUUUUAUUUUAUUUUUUUUGCUUUUGUGGAGUCACACAUGCUGUUUAAUCAAACUGUGUUUUUAAAUGUAAAUGUAAUGACAAAAUGUUCAUUACUUAAAAGCAGAUUAAAGGAUGAUACACCAAGACAUGUUAAAUUGUA